AUUCCUGGGCGCUGGCUCUGAAAUCUGGGGCAGCUUUUGCUUUGCCUUCCUGUCAACCCCAGCUGUGCAUGGUAGUGUUUGUCCCUGGCGUCAAAGGCAGGAACAGCUGAGCCCUUGUACGAAUCCUUGAAGGUGAGAGCCAACGAGUGGGCGUUUCACUUUUCCCGCGUCUGGGGAGCCCCCGAGGCUGUGCCCUUUGACCUUUGACAUGUGUGCAGCUUCUGCUUCUCCAGAUAUGGAAAACAUGAAUAAAAGAGAUCCACCAUUCAUGACAGUUCAGAAAAAUGAUAGAUCAGAUAAUCUGAUAUUCCAUAUUAAAAAUGGAAUGAGAAGCACCAAGUAUAAACCAGUGGACUAUCAACAACUGUACGCAUUAACUGAAGCAAAAAGAUUAGCUUCUGCUGCUAUAGAGCUAAAGAUCAGAAAAGCAAUGCAGACUUCAAAGAUGUCUAAAGAACAAACACUAAUAAAACAACACAAACAAGUAUGGUGGCAAGAACACCAAAGGCUAAAUGAAGUCAGAUGUAAAAUGGAAUCGGAAAUAAAAUCCUUUCUCAAUGGAGAGAACAUUGGAAAUGAAUGUCUUUCUGACCUAACGAAUUUUGAACAAGAGUUAUCAGAGCAAUGGUGCACAUAUCUUAAAAAUGUGAUAAAUCCUAUUCAGCAAUUGAGAGCGGAUCUAAAAUACAGACAGCAUCACAUUUCACAGCAUUCACACUCACAUACUGAGUUUAACUCCGUGAAAGUAUUGGAAGAGGUUGACUUCGUUAAGAAACAAUUGAAAGCUGUCUUUGAAAGACUUAGCCUGGAGCAACAGAAAAUAGAAAAUAAUCUUUCAGACCGGAUUAUGAAAAUGCUAGAUCAUUCCUCAGAAGAAAGGCGUAACCUGCUUAGUGAACUGCCCACAGAAUUAGAAACUUUGGAAUGCCCAUACCCUGAUUUGAAAUCUUCAAUCCUUAAUGAGUUCUGUAAAUUUACAGAGAAAUAUCAAAAGAAACUUCAAGAUUUUGAUCUACAGUUAGAAGACAUAUACAGAAACUUCCAAUUAAGUGAAGAAGACUGCUGGAUUUACCAGGCUGUUUUGGAUCAGUAUCCUGGAGAUCUCUGUGGCAGAAGGACACUGUAUCUGGACAUGUUACAAAGAUAUUUUCCUCAUAAAUCUAGGCAUUAUUUGGUUGAACAUGAGAAAUACUGUGACCAAUAUCGCUUUGCUAGGGAACAGCGAAGGAUCCUGCUAUCAAAUUGGAGUAAGACUAGAAGAGACUUUAUACAGAAGGCUGUGCUGACACUCGCCGAGGCCUGUGCAACUCAUGAAAUGGAGAGCACGUUGGCUAAGGACAGGAAAAAGCAACAGGAAUUGUGUGCUGAUCUGAAAGCCAAGGUUCUUCAAUGGCGAGUCCACCACGAAGAGGUAGCAAGACUAGAAAUGGAAAUUUCUGCCAGAAGAAGAGAAAAGGAAGAGGAGAAAGAGAAACUAUGGAAGAAGAAGGAAUUGUUACAAAGAGAAGAGAAGAAAAAAAAAAUAAGGAAAUACUGGGCUAAAAAAGAACAGAAGUGGCAAGAAAUGGAAAUGAGAGAUCUUUGGCGUCUAGAAGAACUGAAGAAAUUAAUGGCCGAACAGUCAGUAAAAGACAGAGAAAGGGUUAAAUAUAGACAAGAAUUAUUGGAAAAGCGUUUGAUGGAGAAAAAAGAAGUGGCCCUUCAAGAAGCACAUGAAGAAGGAGAGAGAGAAAGGCGGCUAGAAGCCCUAAGGAAACAGGUUGCUAUUGUUGCUCAGUUUGAUCCUGUUAGAAUGAUGUCAGAUACAAUGGCGUCAAAAGCAAAGAUGGGUAUUGGAAUUGAAGAAGAAUUUAUUCUUCAGAAGCCACUUUUCACAUUGAAUACAUACAAUGAACAGCAGAUAAUUUCUGACCCUAGGCUUCGUUUUGAGUUAGCACUUCGAGAAGCUGGACUUCAUAAAACAUUGUAUGCCAAAGAGAUAUUACCAAAAAUCAAUCCUAAAAAACAUCCAAGAAAGGACACGGAGUCGACUGUAUUUAAAAUCUAGAGCUCAUCCUCAAAUCCUAUUAUAUGUAAACAAGAUUUUUCUUUUACUACAUUUAUAUGGAUAACAAUAAUUACUACUUUCUAAAAUUUUUUACAAUAUCAGAUGCAGAAAUCAUAGCAUCUUUUAAAACAACUUUGCUUUUCUUUUGAUUCUUAGAAUUUUAUGUACUAUUUUCAAUAUCUUUGUUAUGUUUAAUACUACUAAAUUCUCCAAGACUAUAGAACUUAAUUAUGACACAUAUAGUACAUAUAUUAUCAUUUAGUAAAUUGCAUUUUGGAGGUUGCGUUAUCCCAUGAAAAGAGCUCAAAAUAACCAUUUGGGAGAAUUAUAAUUUAUGUUGCUGCUACCUGCUAACAUUCGUUUCUGCUUGUUAUUUCAGAAUUUGACUUUUUAAUUAUGGAAGCUUCAUUAUCAUUAAUACUUCUGUUAUUUCUUGAUUAUUAUAAGAGGAGACUCAACCUUUCUCUGAAUUUAGAAACCAAUUUUGUACACCAUGUUUACUGCAAACCAAUCAUCCAAACAAUUUCAUUUUGCAAAUUAGCCCAUAAGAAUAAAUUAGAAAUUAGAAAUAGCAUUUCAAGCAUGGGAAUUUCUGUUUUGGCUUAGAAAAAAAUGUAUUUGUGUGGUUGUUUAGAAGGACUAUGUUAAAAUUUAUAGUAUUCAGAAUGCUAUCAAAAGUUCCACAUUAUCUAUUAAAUGUCUACAUAAUUUUGUAGAAAGAAAGUGUUUCAAAUAAAACUCA